AAUAAAGUUUUGCCAAGGUUAAUUCUUUUCGGAUAUUAUUUCAUUGGGGAGAACAUGACUUCUGUGCUAAUCUGGUCUCUACUUGUAAUUUGCGUGGCAUACUCCUCCUGCCUUCAAGUGGAAGAUGACGAUGGAGAUGGAGAACCAGUUGGUUCCUAUUCAGUGUCUCUAUACAAAAAACAAGACCAUUGGGAUUUUAAAUGUCCGUCAAUUUAUGGUCGUUAUCCCCAUCCGGAUGACUGCUCUUUUUACUAUGAAUGCCGGAACGGUUGGCCAGUUAUGAUGAAGUGCAAGCGAGGGAAGUUGUACGAUGAGGAUAAGAAGCAGUGUAAGGACAGGAAAAAAGUACACUGUCAUAGAGAAGGAAAAAAAGAUUUUACGACGACUGAGGAAUAUAAAGAUAAAGAUGAAAGCGUCAAAGAUUUCAAAUGCCCGUACAUCUGGGGUACUUUUCCUCAUCCAGUGGAUUGUUCUAAAUAUUACGUGUGUGUUUAUAACAUCCCAGCUCUCUUCGAGUGUCCGGGGUCGGACUUGUAUGACGCAAAAGAAAAAAGAUGCAAGAAAAAAAGCAAAGUUCGUUGUGGGAAAAGGUUAGACAGAGAUGAAAUGAGAACUAGUAGAAGGUCAACUGAUCUACCUCGGACAACUCCUAUUCAACCGGAGACAGUAGAAACCGAAGAGCCUACGACUACAGAGAUUCCCAAAUUUGGUUGUCCAUUUCCUAAUGGUCGUUAUCCUGAUCCCGAUGACUGCUCCCAGUACUACGAGUGUAAUGUUUCAGUACCCACUCUUCACAAAUGCCCGGAAUCUUUUCUAUACGACGAGCGAAAAGAGACUUGCAUGCAAGACAAACUUGUGAGAUGUGGCGAUCGACCAGGAGGUAUUGGGGGAGAUGACAAAGAUGAAAAAGAAAAAGAAAAAGAGAAAAAAGAAGAGCUUCGAUGCCCUUAUGUUUGGGGUUCAUUUCCUCAUCCUGAUGACUGCUCGAAAUAUCUCAUUUGCAUCUACAAUGUUCCUACCCUAUUCAGUUGCAGAAAACAUGAACUCUACCAUGCACUUUUCAGAAGAUGUUUACCGAAAGAAAAGGUUACUUGUGACUACAGAAUUAACCCUGACGACCUUACACCCCCAACGAAGAAAACUACUGUUCAAAUGACUACAGAAAUGACAACAACAGAGUCUACUACUACUCCUACAACUACCACCACACCAACUACAACGCCAACCACUACUACCACACCAACAACAACAACAACUACAACGCCAACCACUACUACCACACCAACCACAACCACAACGCCAACUACUACUACCACGCCAACAACAACUACAACGCCAACCACUACUACUACACCGACAACAACUACAACGCCAACCACUACUACCACUCCAACAACUACAACGCCAACCACUACUACCACUCCAACAACUACAACGCCAACGACAAUCCCAACAACCACUACUACUUCAUCAACUACAAGUAGAAUAAUGAAGCCAAAUACUCCUCCACCAACCGAUUGCGAGGAAGAUGAUCUGGACUGCAUCAUAGACGAAACUGGAGAUAUCAGGAAAUGGUUUGAUUGCCCUCAGAGAUAUGGCCACUUCGCGCACGGAAGCAGUCGUCAGCUUUUCAUCCACUGUGACAAUUGGCGACCUUUCGUCAAGAGAUGUGCAGAUGACACAGCUUUCUCUCCCAAAUACCUUGUAUGCAUGUGGAUCGGUGACAAACAUUAAUUCAAAUACCAGCAAAGUUUUUAGUGCAUAGUGCAAGCAAAAUUAGUUUCUCACGCUGCUUCAUCAAAUAAAAUUUUGUAAACGAA